AUAUAACCGAAACACAAAGAGUGAAGACAAAAAAUUGUAGCUACACUCUCAAAGUUUUUUUGGCAGAGAAAAAAAGAGUAGCUUCAGUGUUGUCAUAACUCAUAACUUCUAUGUUACUCUGUAUCAAAUUAUCUCACUAUACUGGCAGAUAAUUGUGCCUGAUUUAAGGAUUAUUCAUUGAAACAAAUAAAACAAUCUAGAAAUAAGUCCAAUAAUCUUACAAUAUUUGUACCACAAUGUCAAAAUGAAAAAUAUUAGAUACGUCAACUUGAUUUAACGAUUUCACUUCCCAGGAUGUCAUUUUUGCACUGUAAACAGCCACUCAGGAGGUUUCUACUCAUUUGAAAAUAUGCAUCCAUUGCCUAGAGCCCAGAAUCACUAACGCUGAAUCUCAAACGGCUCCCUACUCCCUGUGUAGUGCAGUAUGUAGGCCACCAUAUAGCAGAUUCUACACUUAAAUAAUGUACAUUUAUUUGUAAUAUAAAGCCAUUUAUAUUUAGCCACAAGCUGUGAGACUCCCUGUCUGACAUUCAUUGCAUUUCAGUGCAGAAGCCAUAGUUCCAUGCAGUGCUCCAAACGGGGAGCAGGGAUGCAAAUUGAGACUUAGCUUAAAUCCAGAGCUUUGUUAAAGGCUACUGAGUGUUGACUGGUUGGAGAGCUGAUCUGGUCAUUGGCUGAGUAAAACUUUCUGACAUAAGAAUUUACUGAGUGCUGCUUCUUCUCACUAGACAGCUGCAUUCGACGUCGCUCCCUGUUACAGGACUAGUCGGCCGUCAGCCAUGCUGUACUGAAAUCUUUCAGCCAUUUCAUCAUCAUUCCCCAGUCAGUUCACUGGGCCUACCCCAAACGCGGUGUGGCGAAUUUUAAACCAGCUAAGUGAACAUGUGUAAAAUGAACGAUGCCCCGUUUUAAUAACGCUACAAUAACAGCACGUCCACCGCCACAUGAAGCGACCCAACAGCUUGGAAAUGUUUUAGUGUUAAAUCAAAAUGUAAUGUAUUACAUCAAAACGCGCGUGUGAUAAAUGAGUCAGUGAACUUGGACUCCUUUGUAAUUCGGCCGCCAUUAAAAAAUCCGACCACACUUUUUUGUCCACACAUUCUGAGGAGCCGUGUGAGAUGACCUCAGUCGAUCUACACGCUCUGCUGGGUUGAACCCAGUUGGUUCACUGUAGGGGAAAUGGGUCGAUAUGGGACAACAGCCCGGUCUGUCUGUCCAGUAGAUGGAGACACUGCGGCCGUCCGCACUGACGGCGCGCUCUCCCCGCCCUCCUCAUAUAGCAGUUACAGCCAAGUCCUUACAGCCCCGCCCACAAACGAGUCCGCGCUCGCUGAUUGGACCGAAACAAACGUUCUCGAGAGCGAAGAGUCGCCGAACUUUGUUCGAGGGAGAAGCGUGUAAGAUUUUUAAAUGGCAGCUCUUUACGUUACAAUCAUUUUAAAAACCAAGUGCUUUUAGGAAUAUAUCAACAGUUGAUUCCUCAACUCUGCUUGCUGGGUGUUUUUCAGGGUCCUGCUAGUCUUCUUUGUUUUUUGGAGCUACCCUGGCGAAAGUGUUACAGACCGGGCACCGUUAACGUUACUAAGGUUACGAUGUCGCUCCGUGAGGAAAAGCCAGUUUACGAGCGCAAGAGCGAGUCUGAGAUUAAGACCAAAAACGCGGUUAAAGGGAACGAGAAUGGUCGUAACUCCAGAGCGGUGUGUAGGGUCUGUGACCGGAUGUUUAGGGAGCCUAAAAUCCUCCCUUGCCUGCACACUUUCUGCGCCGACUGCAUUCGGCAGAUCGAGCCGUUCUCGGUGCUGGGGGCCGAAGGUAAGACACCGUGGGCUGGCGAUGAGGGGCGGGGGCGCAGUCCGCUUCCUCUAACGGUUCUGUGUCCCGAGUGCGAUUCCGAGGUGGACCUACCCUCGUCGGGCGUGGAUGGGCUAACCACUGACCACCUUGCCCUGGACGAGGUGUUCAUGGAGACCCUCCUGAUGGAGGAGAGCGUGUUGUGUGACUUAUGCAGUGACGGUGAUGCAGGGAAGCGAUGUGAAGUGUGCUGUGUUAACCUCUGCGACUUCUGUAGCCAAGCUCACAGGAGGCAAAAGAGGACAUCCAGUCACUCUAUCUAUAGCUUAGAAGAGCUAAAGUCUCGGGGUCGUCUCUCCAGGCCUGUCCUGUGUUCUUUGCACCCAGGACAGGAGCUGCGUCUCUUCUGUGAGCCCUGUGACCUCGCUGUGUGCCUAGAGUGUGCUGCUGCAUUUCACCGGGACCACCAGUGCAACUCUACUCAUGACGUCAUUUACCAACAUGGUGAUCGUAUCCGGCAGUUGGUUUCUGGGAGCCUGCGACCUCGUCUCGGUCGUCUGCAGGAGGCGCUGAGGCGUGUGGAGAUAUCCCAGGAAGCCUUAAAGACUCGCACAGAGACACUGGCCAGUGAGAUUCGAGCCUUUGCUAGAAGCUAUGCCAGUGCGGUGGAGGCCCACUGCUGUUCACUGCUGCAGACUCUGGAGGAGGUCAGGGUGCAGAGGCGGAACCAGCUUAAUCUGCAGAGUGUCCAACUGCAGCAGGCGCUGUCUGACGCCCACGAAGGUGUGGAGUUUGCUGAGCGUCUGCUCACAUGUGGCUCAGAAGCAGAGAUCCUCAAUGCCAAAGGAGUUACCAUGAGAAGAUUAAUGAACUUGGCGGAGUGCGGCUAUGAUCCACACCCAGCCAUGGUCAGCCAUGACAAUGGUAGCAGUAUGUACUUCUUACCACAGGAAAGUGCUGGGCAGGUGGAUGGAUUCCCUAUGGUGGGAGUCCUGCAUGCCAAGACAGUAGAUCCCUCCAAAUGCACCAUUGAGGGAGAAGGUGUCCAGCAGGGUGUGGAGGGCCAGCGGGGCGAGUUCACACUGGUCUGCAAAGACUCCGCAGGAGAGCCGCUGAGUAAAGGAGGAGACCCUGUGCUAGUCAGCAUAGUCCACAAGGACAGGAAAGACUGCAUAGUGGAGACGACUGUGGUGGAUAACAGUGAUGGUUCAUAUGCUGUCUCCUACACUCCGGUGGAGCCCGGAUCCUACUCUGUGUGGGUGUGUGUGAAAGCGCAGCAUGUCAAGGGCUCACCUUUUGUGUUAGCGGUGAAGAGAAAGUUCCGGCACCAUCGUGGCAUCUUCCACUGCUGCUCCUUCUGCUCCAGUGGUGGCGCUAAAGAGGCACGCUGUGGCUGCACAGGAACUAUGCCAGGAGGGUUCCAGGGCUGUGGACAUGGUCAUAAAGGUCAUCCAGGGAAGCCACACUGGUCAUGCUGUGGAAAUGUAGUGGAGGGGUCUGAGUGUGUGCGCAGCCUUGGGCCAGGGACUCUCCGUGGUCAUGUCAGAACUGUGGAGCUUUGAAUGAACAUCCACACCUGGAGGAAGUUGUGUUAUGUGUACAUGGUACCAGAUUUAGAGACAAACAUGUCCCUAUUUUUAAUAGUAAUCUUAUUUCUAAAUAUCACCAGCUGACUGUGUCAGUCUGUCAUGCCUUGUUUCUAGACAACAAAACACCACUUGCUGCUUAUCUUGUGAAGCUGGACUCUUCACUAAAACCAUCAAUUUGAAGUGAAACACGUCUUUGUUACCUUUUUACAAUCAAUAGGUCACUCAACCAAAGUAUUUAAAGGGCAUAUAGUUCAGAAAACAGACAUUUCUUCAGUUUUUUUAAAUAGAAGAGUUUGAUGUAGUAUAUAAACAUUUGUUCAUUUGUUGUUUUAAAGCAUAUUAUUCACUCCUGUUCUUUUGUGGAAACUAAGCUGCAAAAAUAGCCUGUUAUGAAAUGACUGUUUUUGUGAUGUCACAAGAAAACAACAUAUUUACAUAGACCUGCCUUUUCAGGCUACAGUUUAGCCCUGCCCAUUCACACUGAAGUUAUUAGGAGUGUUACAGUCAUUGUUACUGAAUUCUCUGUAUGAGCAUGUAUUCUUUAGGAUAACACCAAUAUAAUACGAUAGCAUUAGAUCGGUUUUGAAUGCUGUAUGUUGCCUUAAGUGUGUACAUGUGAUUCCUGUACCAAAUACUGCCAAUUCUAUAGAGGUGCCUUAAAAUUAUUAUUCCUAAAAUCAUUUUAAUAUCAUUUUAAAUGCCAGUUUCUAUAGUUUUUCCUUAUAUCAAAUAAAGAGAUGGACUUCUUAGUGA